AUGGUGAAGAAAGAUUCUGAUGCAGAUGCAAGACUGAGGCAUAAAAUGAGUGUACCUAAGGUCUAUGACCUUAUGCAUUCAGUACAUGUCAAAAAAAGGAGAGACGAAAUAAUUGACCAACUAAACAACUGUGGCUAUGGAGGGAUGCUACAUAUCUGUAACUGGACAAGGAUCCACACCUUUUUUAUCGAUUGGGUUGUCAGAAGAUUUGAAAAGGAACAUAUGUGGAUAAGAUUGAGCGAUACGGAGGUCCUAGAGUUGAAAGAGGAUGAUGUGCAUAGAGUCUAUGAACUUCCAAUGGCUGGAAAGAAGAUAGACACUAAUCUUUGCUCUGAUGGAGCAAUUAGAAGGCUAAGGAAGGAAUUGGGAUUGACUGGAGAUUAUUCUCCAGUUGUGAAGGUUGCUGAAUUAGAAAGGAUACUGAAGACUACAGAAAAACCUAAAACAUGGGUGAAGGGUAUAAUUUGUUUCAUCAUUCAUAACAUUUUGUGCCCGACUAAUAAAGGCAAUGUGUCACUGCAGUAUGCAGAUAUUUUAGAAGAUCCAGCCGGUGUAUCUUCAUAUAACUGGUGCUCACAUGUUCUAGACUAUAUGAAAAAAGGCCUGCAAUCUCCAGGAGUUUUAAAUCCAUUAGCAGAUUUCCACUUCCUAAUGAUUAACUACAUGGAUAAAAUGGGGAAACGAAGCCCAUUUUUGACGGGCAAAUACAAGCGGCCAUCCCUUCGUGAUUGGGAUGUCAAGGCGGCAAACCAGGAACUUGCCAAGAUCCAUGAUAUCAUGGGGCUUGAAAAUGGAUUGACAGCCGGGGUAACAAGUCUGUACAGACCCGCAGAAGGUCCGCUUGUACUGUGUUUUGAUGCAGACACAUGCCCACUGUCUAAGGUAAAUGUUAUUGCUCUUAUCCCUCUUAUGGUUUCCAACAAAAUGACACCGGAAACAAACAAUGUUGGACUCACAUUAACACAGGAAACUAUCAUCAAGUUUCCGGAGUUUUUUGAUGGGGCUGAAGCUUCAAACGCAGGGUUCGAUAAAAAUCAUUCAGUGUCACAAGGAACAGAUUCAGUUACACAGGAAACUAUCUCCAAGUUUCCAGAAUUUUUUGAUGGGGCUGAAGCUUCAUAUGCAGAGUUGAAUAACGAUGAUUUAGUGAAAAAAGAUUCAGUGCCACAGGAAACAUGUUCUGAGCUAGUGUUGGUACCAGAUGCGAUGCAUCAGGAGAACCCUACAAAAUCUGACUCGAAUGUAGUCAUAAAUGCAACUCCAUUAAAGUCAAUAAAGCCAGAUGAAAUAAUUGACUUGGACAAUGUCACUCCAAAGAAAAGAAAAAAGCAUAAUAUGCUUUAUUCUGAUAAUACAUAUCCUGAGCGUCGACGGGCGGUGAAGAAAUCGAAAUACCUUGCAAGCCCAUAUGAUGACGCUGUCCACAAGUCUGCUGCAACGGAGUUGCAGAAAAAAUUAUCAACAUAUGCUUGGAACCCGGAGCUUGAUAAGGAUCACAUUAUGUACUGUUCAGACAACAAGGCUCAUUUGUAUUCUCUACAAAGGGCUGACUUCUGGACACUUCAAAAGGAUGAAUGGGUAUCAUGCUUUGUCAUAAACAGUUGGGUUAAUUGUUUAAAUUGGAAUCAGCAGGACAACAUUGUUGGAACAAAAUUGAUUUGA